AUGGCGUUCGGGCUGGAUGUGGACGAGCCGCAGGUGCUGGCGGCCAUCGAGGGCUACCCAGAGACCUGGCAGCACCGGCUCCUGCUGCGGCGCAUCAAGGAGUCGCGAUGGGUCGCCCUCGGCCCCAGCGGCGGGCUCGAGGUCAUGGACCUCGGCGGGUUCGAGCUGUUCCCCUUGGCGCGCGGCGCUGCGGUGCAGGCGCGGGUCGCGGGGGACUGCGCGAUGAUCUCGCCCCUCACCGACGGCGAGCUGCUGGGGCGCCACGCGGCAGCGACGCGGCUGGCCGUCAUCAUGGGCGCGGAGGGCGUCCCAGGGGCGCCGGCCGCUGGCAGCGGGGUGUGCUGGCGGAUCGCGGACACCAGCGCGCUCGAGUUCGGGCAGGAGGUACCGUCGGACGAGGUGGCGAGCGCUGGCGUCGUGAAGGGCGCCGUGGCCCUCGUCUACUGGGGCGAGCCGCGGCGGUGGCUGUUCGCGGAGCUGGUUCCCAGCGCCGAGUACGCCAGCUGGGAGCGCGACAAGCAGAGUGGAGCUGGGCGGGAUCGCCGCCUCCUUCCAGCUCGUGGCAGCGACUUCGGGUCGGGGCUCGUGCCGCUCUCGCAGGCCGCGGACCACUUCCGCCCGACGGACUUGGCGAAGAUCGGCGACUGGCCCCACUCGGGGCCGCGCGCGGUGAUCGAGCUCGUCCGCGGGGUGGUGGCGCUCGGUCUCACGCUGUUCACCUACCACGCGCACUGGGUGCGACAGGCGGGGGUUCACGGAGAGAGCGGGAUCGCGCUGGAGCACCGCAUCCACUGCCAGGUGCUGGCUCUGGCCCUGGGCUACGAUUGCCUGGACGCCAGCAGUCUGGCGAGCCUCGAGCUGCUCGCGCGGCGCGUGCUGCAGAUCGAGCGCGCUGUGCGGGUGAACCCGAAGGCGCCGUCUUUCCAGGGACUGGCCAAGAUGACGGAGCACGCGCCUGACGAGGGCGGCGGGCUGGCGACGCGGGAGUUCACGGCGCACAUGGCGGCGCUCGCGGAGCAGGAGGCCCGGGCCCUCAAGCAGAACAGGCUGUUGCGGGAGGAGCUCGCGGGGUCGGGCCAGUCGUCGGCUCGCCGGCGAGUCUCCCUGGUCAACGACGUCGCGCAGUGCCCGGACCUCCUCGUUUCGGACGCUGCCGUGGCGCUGUCUGCUCUGCGGGAGGCGGUCGAGCGGCUGCGCGCCUCCUCCAGUCCGCUGCUUGCCGACUGGAGCGUGCCCUCAGGCAAGGACGCUCUCGCGGACUUGCUUCACUCCGACGACCUCUAUGCCGUGGCGGCUGGCGCUGCGCUGGGGUCCUAUGGCAUCGACAAGCCGAGGGUGUCGAGAGGUGACCUGGUCCCGAAGGACGUGGCUUCUGUCACGUCUCCAGCGGCCGCGAAGCUGAUCGACGCCCCGCACAUGCACAUCCUGAAGUCAGACGCUGAGCUCUGCGCCGACGUGGACUCGGGGGCGCUGCGCGGGCAGCCGUACUGGGACCCGAUCCUCAGGGGGAGCCGCGCGAAGAAGCUGGAGUUCUUGCGGGCGGUGCCCACGGCAGGGCUGCUCACUUGGCGGCGGCGAGUUCGGUGCCGGGUCGGGUGCUUCUUCGUCAAGAAGAAGGACUCCAUGCUCCGACUGGUGAUUGACGCGAGGUGGGCCAACCGCAUGUGCCGCGCCCCGCCGCUCAGCCAGCUGGCGGUGCCGGGGGCCCUGGCGAGGCUUUCAGCCAGCGACGAGUCCUUCCGCAUGGUCCAGGAAAGGCUCGGGCGGACGGCGCAGGCGAACCUCGACUCGGCUGGCGACGACGAGCUGGUGGGCUUCUCGAUCGACCUGACCGACGGCUUCUACCAGUUCAAGUGCGAGGCGCUCGCGUCCAUGCUCGGCCUGGGCUACACCGGCACCGCCUCGAGCAUCGCCGACGAGUUCGGGAUCGCGCUCGACGCCGUGUUCGACGAUGACCUGCAGGCCGUCGACCCCGUCGACCCGUCCGAGGUUCUCGAGGCCUGCUUCCUCGGGAUGGCCAUGGGAUGGUCGUGGGCGCUCUACUUCUGCAACGAGGCCAUCUCGGAGUGCAUGCGGGAGGCGCGCUGCGGGAGACUGGUCUACCCGAUGUGCUGGUCGGCGAUCGGCAACGCCCUGGCGCCGUACGUCGACAACGCGAACAUGCUGGCGGUCGGGCGUGACGAGGGUCGGCGUGUCUUCGACUUUGUGCUGGCCGCGCUGCGUCGGCGGGGGUUUGCAUUGCGGGGCCGCGUCGACGGGGGGCCGGUCUUCGAGUUCCUGGGCCUUGUGCUGGACGGGCCGCGGCGCCGCCUGCGCCACAGUCAGAAGCGAUGUUGGCGGCUGUGGUCGGCACUCGGCCGCGCCCUGACCCUGGGGCGCCUGUCCGGCGACGCCAUGCGGGUGCUCUGCGGUCACCUUUGCCACCGCUUUGGCCUGAGGCCGCCGCUUCUCUCUAUCCUGCAGAGGGUGUAUGCCUUCGCGCGCGAGCAGCUGGGCACUCUCGCCCCCUUGCCGUCCGACGUCUGGGACGAGCUGUGGGUCGCGCGGUCCAUGCUGCCCUUCGCGGACGCCGACCUGAGGCGGCCGCUGUGUCGGACCAUCUGGCGUUCUGAUGCCUCCCGGUUCGAGUGCGCGCUCCACGAGGCCAAGGCCGGGCUGGCCGAGGUCUUCGACGCGGCCCAGUGGAAGGAGAGGUGGCGUUUCCGCGAGGUGGUGGAGUACGUCGACCGCUGGCCCAGCGACGUGCUGGCUGCAGCGGUGAUCGGCCCAGACGCCGGUCAGGACUGGGCGACAGUGAUGGUGGGGGCUCUGCGGGAGGACACCCGCGCCCCCAGCGCGGCGGUGGCGGAGCCCUCCCGGCUGGGCGCGCACUGCCGGCAGUUCGAGCGCCUCCUCGCGCAGGAGCGCGGGCGGGCCUGCAACUACGCCCUCAGUAGUUGCUGUCGGGAGGCCGCCGCGUGGCAGUUGGCGGCCGGAGUGGACUGGCGUCGGAGGUGCGUCGACACCGACAGGAACCCCUCCGACAGGGGCUCCAGGCUCGGCGACCGCGGGAAGCUGUCGCCCAGGGGCACGGUCACACCGCGCGGGCCAGGUCGCCAGCGGGCUCGACGACGAGCUGAUGCAGCAUCGGACUUCCUGCAGCGCGACCUGGUCUCUGCGGCCCAGGCUACAGUGGCGCCGGCGGCGCCCGAGCAGGGCGUCGCCGCCGAGGAGCGUCGCUGCGGGGGCGGGCCCGAGGCGGCGCAGCCCUCGGCUAGACGUCAGGCUGGUCGAUUUGUUUUAGGGCUUUUCGCAGGCUGCGCUCACCUGUCCGGGGCCGCCCUCCAGGCGGGGCUCGACGUGGCCGUGCCCUUCGAGUUGGACAGCGGUUUGCAGUUCGACAUCCUCCGCCCUGGCACCCUGGGGUUCAUCGUCGAGUGGAUUCGUCAGGGCCGCGUCUGGUGGGUGCAUCUUGGGACUCCAUGCGCGUGGGCCUCACAUGCUCGCUCUACUGGGUCUCCCGAGGCACCAGCGGCCCGUGCGGGGCUGAGUUGCGCUCUGGCAUCGGUUCGCAUACUCCGGGCCGUCCUCGCCGUCUCGAGCAAGUACAAAAUAUACGUCACCGUCGAAAACCCGAUCACGUCGCGGCUCUGGGUGUGGAGGCCCAUGCAAACCAUUCUCGACAAGUUGGGGCGCUCGUGCAUCGACUUCGAUCUCUUCGCCGCGGCCGCGGGCCCGCCUGGCGCUGGACUUUCCUGGAGGCCGCCGCCCGUGCUGGGACAGCGCCAGGGGUCCUACGUCCGCCUCGAUGCCCGACUGCCCUUGUCGUCGGCUGGGGGCGCGCCCCCGAAGCUUGGGGUGUCCGCGCCCCUGCCGAGCGGCGGCGCGUUGGACCUGGUUGCUGGUGCCGCGCGCCCCCGCCCUGCCCCGAAGGCCGCAGUGGCCAAGAGGAGGGCGGCUCACGGCGAUGUGACCGCGGUGGCCCCCGUGGGCACGACGGAGACGCAGCCCGCUCCGCAGCCGGCGGUGGCGAUAAAGCGGCCGGCCUCUGGCGGCGCGGCCUCGGCGGGGCCUAUGGCCAAGAGGGCGCGCCCCGCCGCCGCGACGCCGGCGGGCCAGUCCCGCGAGGAGCGGGCCAGCCGCCGCGCGGCCGAGGGCGCGUCCCCCAGCGACCUGAGCCUGACGAUGCCCGAGCUGCGGUCGACCGGCAAGGAGACCAAGGACCGCUACUCUGCGGCCUUCGAGGAGUUCCAGGCCUGGGCGGGCCAACGCGGGCAGUCGGUGAUGAAGCUGGCCAAGGACGCGGACAACCUGGACGCGGUGCUGGUGGCGUUCCUCGGGGAGCUGUACUUGCGCGGGGAGGCGACCAGCAUUGCCAGGCACGUGCUCUUCGGGGCGAUGUUCGAGCUCGGGUUGGGCCAGGGGCCGAAUGCGCCCCCUCGCUGCCGCAGGUCGCUCCAGGGGUUCCGCCGGGACGACCCUCCAGUGUCCGAGGACCCGUGCCCGCGCGAGGCAGCGGCGCUGGUGGUGUCAGCGCUUCUGAAGGACGGGUCCUUGCUCUCGGUGCUCAGCGGCCUGGCGUUCGGCGUGCAGUACGACCUCUUCGCCUGGCCCUCGGAGACGCUGAACAUCCUGCGCGAGGGCGUCGUGGCGCCGCGGGCGGGGGCCUACCAGGGCGUGGCCGCGAUCGUGGCCCCCGGGCCCCGUGCGCGCGGCUGCCGCGGAGGCUGCCGCGCGCGCCGGCUUGUGAGCGCCCGUGCCGUCGACGCCGACGGCACCAAGAGCGGCGAGUUCGACGACGCCGCCCUCGCCGGGCCCAAGGGCCUGGGCUUCGAGUUUGCCCCCGAGGUACUCCUGAGCCUGCCGCGGUGCGCGCUCCCAGGCCAGCCGCUGUUCUCGCCGCUGACUCUGGGCGAGUGCGAGCGCCACAUCCUGAAAGGCGCAGAGCUGGCCGGCCUCGACCCGCUCCGAGUGACCCCUCACUCGGCACGCCGCGGCGGGGCCAGCUCGGCCAUGCACCUGCAGCUGCUCGACCUCCAGAUGAUCCAGAAAAGAGGCCGCUGGCUGGCGCCACGCAGUGUGAAGAGGCACGGGAAGAGUGGCAAGCUCCUGCGCCAGGCCGCGGCCAUCCGUCACAAGAUCCCGAUGGGCGCCGCGCUCCUCGACCCAGCGAGUCGCGACUCGUUGAGGAAGCAGAUGCUGGCCGCCGCCAAUUCCAUCCGUCGGUUGAGGGCGCAGGCUAACACUUGA